CCACCUUGGCCUCCCAAUCGUCCUCAUUUCGUCGCAGCGCUGGCCCUCCUUAGCUCUAGUGGCUAAAGCGAUUUACCUAGCGACUUCGAUGGAGUCCGCAGCGCCGGCCGUCGCGGAAAAAACCUUGGAUGAAGCUACGGAGAAGCCCUCGCGUCCCCAGGAAUCACUGGGAUCGCCACAAAAGCUGGGAGAUGGAGGAAAGUUAGCAUUUCCUCCAUCCGCGGUAAAGAGCGGCUCUGUAUUAGUUCCUGCAGAAGAGAUUAAGAGCGAAUCUGCACUAGUUUCUGAACUACAUCGCGAACCAGCGGUUAAGAGUGGUGGGGAUGUACAUCAGGAGCCGGCGGUUAAGAGCGACUGGGAGGUGGCGCCGUGGGAUCAGCACGCGGGGCUGCUGAAAAUGGCGCGAUUCGAUUACCGGCGGGAAGAGCUGCUCCGAUCCGGAAAUGGCGGCGGGAUUCAGGGAUUCCUGAUCACCUGCGCUUUCCGCCGAGAGAAGAGUGCCACGUCAGAAGCACUCUCCAUCCUCCCUAAGUACCUGCCUGCUCUGUGCGCCAGAGCCGAGGGAAGUGAAGCAGAGGCGCUGGGGGGAGAGAAGGAGGGACUAGGCGGGGGGGUAGGGGGAGCGGUUGUAGCAGCGGAUGUAGCAGACGAGGGGAAAGGGAAAGGAGAUUCUGGAGGGGAUAGUAAAGGAGAAGAGGAGGGAGAGACUAGUGCAAAGCGACAGAGAACAGAGACUGGAGGGGAGGGGGCAGCGUUGAGGGAAAAGGUGGGGGAAGCGGAGGGGGGAAAGGUGGGGGAAGCGGAGGGGGGAAAGGUGGGGGAAGCGGAGGGGGAAAAGGUGGGGGGAGUGGAAGCACAAGGGGAAGAUAGUGGAAGGAGAUUUACGCAGGUCGGGGGGGAGGAAGGUAUUGCACCGAAGGUUGCUACCGAGAAGGAGGAGGAUAGUGGAAAGAAGGUUUCAAAGACAGAGGAGGAUGCGAGUGCGGCUGAAGAUGCGCUUAAAGCCGGGCUAGGGGCGGUCAAGCUGGGCAGCAUGGGGAUAACUUUUCUGGCGCUGCCCGAGAAGGAAAAAUGUGUUCCGGGCAGCAAAGUGCCAUGUCCUGUGGAUGUGGUCGGGCAGAUCCUGAAAGACAUCCAAGAGAAGAAGAGAACGGGCCUCAAGUGGUGCCAGCGCAUCUGCCCCGUGCAGGCCACAUGCCCAACCACGAAGCGCCACCUGUCAGCCGCCGUGCAGCGACUGCUGGCCAAUCACUUUGCAGCAACUCCAGCAACAGCAGUCGCAGCAACGACAACAACACCACAACCAGCAGCAGCAACAACAGCAGCAGCAGGAUCAGUGGAGGCACACAGGAACGGUUCUGAAACAGCAACAGAGCUGGCAGACACACAGCCGCAUCUUCCUCCUGUGCAGUUUGCAGUGGCGUUCAAGAAGCGAGGAGCAGAGGAUGUAGCUGCUACAGCCAAGGAAUCUGCAAAGAAGGAAGAGAAGGAGGCUGGGAGGCGGGAAGGGGACGAGGGGAGCCUGGGGAAGGUGCAAGGAAAUGGGGGUGAAGAGGGCGAGGAGGGGAAGGUGGGGGAGGGUGAUCUGGUGUUGAGUCGUGAUGUGGUGAUUAGGACAGUGGCUGAUGCUGUGAAGGAAGCUGCUGGGAAACGAGGUGCUGUGGCUAACCUGACUGACCCAGAGUUCGCAAUUGUGGUUGAGAUUGUUCCUUUGGCGAGGGGCCCUCCGUUCUGCGCUGUCUCCAUUCUUCCGCGCUCCAUGCUCGACACAAAGCCGCGAUUGGCGGUGAAAACUGUUGCGGCAAGCACAGGGGGUGGAGCCGAAAAUGCAGGGGGCAGUGGUAGUGCAAAAACAAAUAAAAACGAUAGUGAGCAGGCUUCAAAAGGAAAGAAGGGUAAAGGAGGUCGUCGCCAUGGUAAGAGGAAGCGUGGUUGAGUCAAAUUUGUGACUUCAAUGUUCUUACACCAUGCACUUCAAUCUCCACAUCUUCUUUCCCUCUCAUAGCAGAUGGCUUUAUCCCACUGUUCUGUUUUGUCCAUAACGCGAAUGUAUGUGAUCCGUGCUCG